AUGGCACCACCACACAUUUCUCAAUCCAAUUGGCCCACAAAGGCCCCUCAGCAAGCCCCCGAUGCCGCCGCGCCGCCGCCGUCGCUCGCCCGGCUCCUCGCCGCCGCGCUGCUGGGCGGCCGCGCGGGAGGGGAGCUCCCCGACCUCGCGGCCGCGGCCACGGGCGGGGCCGGGAUAGGGACGCUGCUCAUGAGCACCACGGCGGCGGCGGUGACCAAGGCGCGGGAGAGCCCGUACCUGCUGGCGCUGGCGGCCAACCCGACCUUCGUGUCGGGGCUGGUGGCGUGGGCGGCCGCGCAGGCCGCCAAGGCCCUGCUCACCUCCGUCGUCGAGCGCCGGUGGGACCUGCGGAUGCUCUUCAGCUCCGGCGGGAUGCCGUCCUCGCACACCGCGCUGUGCACCGCGCUCACCGCCUCCGUCGCGCUCUGCCACGGCGUCAGCGACGCGCUCUUCCCCGUUUGUCUUGGUUUCACUCUUAUAGUUAUGUACGAUGCCACGGGCGUCAGGCGCCACGCCGGAAUGCAGGCCGAGGAAGUUUAG